AAAUAGUCCACUUUGCAUUUAGAAUUCGUCUGAAGUGGACGCUUCGGGAUUCGGUGCAUAGUCAUCGUUAUACUCAGUACAGUUAUAACUGUACAUUGUUUUUAAUUCUGUAAUUUUAUUACACGUGUUUUUAUAUACAGUUGGUGGGGACACCAACUUCGGAAGUACAACCUGGCAUAUAGAGUCUACUCUGCCAUUUCAAUUAAAGUCCAAAAAAAAAUAAAAUAGAAAAAAAUUAAUUAUUAAUGAGCAAUAAAGAAAAUUUGAAAAUUUGUGUUCUUCCCAAAAACACAGCCAUUGUUACGGAAACGACGGUGCUUAGUCCACUUUGCACCGGUUGAAGAAAAAGUCAUCUAUAAUCCUAAUAUACCUAUCUAAUCAAUAGUUUUCUUUAAUCAGUCGGCGGGCAGAUUACUGAAUGAAGCUAUUGACGAGUUUCAUUUAAUCUAAAUUUCUGACAAAAGAAGUAAAUUUCUCCCCGACCGGACAUAAUUUUCGUCGUCCGAAGGUCGUUGUGCUAUUUAAAAACGAAAGUGUAAAGUAUUUGAAUUGGUCAUUGCAUUUGUUGGAACAAAAUGGUAGCUCCAUCCAAAUUAAGCCAAGUAUUUACCUAUGAAUCCUGGGUACAUGCUAUGUCCGGAGCAGCUGGUGGUUGUAUAGCCAUGUCAACAUUUUAUCCUUUGGAUACUGUUCGUUCAAGACUGCAAAUUGAAGACCCCGAAAAGAAUGGAGAGGCUCGUAGCACUAUGAAGGUCAUCAAGGAAAUUGUCCUUGGCGAAGGCUUCCAAUCUCUAUAUCGUGGCCUGGGACCAGUCCUACAAAGCUUAUGUAUAUCAAAUUUUGUUUACUUCUAUUCCUUUCAUUGUUUGAAAGCCCUAAGCAUGGGCAGCGACAGAAGUCAACAAAGUGCUCUCAAAGAUCUCAUGUUAGGUGCUGUGGCCGGAAUUAUAAAUGUCUUCAGCACCACCCCAUUUUGGGUGGUUAAUACUAGACUGCGAAUGCGCGAUGUUGCUGGUACUUCGGAGGAAGUAAAUAAGUAUUACAAGUCACUUCUUUCGGGUCUGCGUUAUGUGGCCAAAACAGAAGGUAUCAAAGGUCUUUGGUCUGGAACGAUACCAUCCCUGAUUUUAGUAUCCAAUCCCUCGUUGCAAUUCAUGAUGUACGAGCUGCUCAAAAGAAAUGUUUUAAAAUAUAACGGAUGUACAGAGAUUUCAAGUUUGGGCUAUUUUUUUAUUGGGGCCAUAGCCAAAGCAUUUGCUACUGUCUUGACGUAUCCCCUGCAAUUAGUACAGACUAAACAAAGACACAGAACAAAGGAGAAUGGCCCAAGUAGCUCCAAAAAACAAACCAAAGAAAUUGGUAUGAUACAAAUGAUGCUUGAUAUACUGCAACAUCAAGGCUUUAAAGGACUCUUCCGCGGAAUGGAGGCGAAAAUUUUGCAAACAGUUUUAACUGCCGCUCUCAUGUUUAUGGCUUAUGAGAAGAUCAACAAUACUGUAUUACUUUUACUAAAAAAGACUCCCGCCAAAUAAUCGAAACACAUAAUAUUUAUAUUAUAAGCAUAGUAGUCCAAACAAACAAGCAAACAUACAUUCAUCAAGCCAAUGUUGACUAUGUAUAUGCAUAGUCACUUUACAUUUAAGGUUGUGGCUUGGAAUAUUGUAUAUUCCAAUUAUUCGCAGGUAUUCCACUUGAAAAGGUUUAAAUUAAGUUGUAUUUAUUUUUGCAAAUCCAUUUGUUUUUUUUUUGUUAACAUAUUUUAUUUAUAGGCAAACACUUGUAGUACAUUCACAUGUACAAAAAUAGGCUUUUUAGUAUUUUAGUGGAAUAAAUGCAAUAUAUUCUUUUCACAUGGAAAGGUACACCCAUAUAUAUAUAUAAAUAUGAAAACAAUUUUCGAUUUGAUUUUUUUCGCUAAGGGAAGGUGGUGUUAUAUUUAUUUAUUUUAUUUAUUUAUUUAUUUAUUUCAUUUCAUGCAAUGCGAAGCCAUCAGGCCUAUAAACAAUCACACUAUGCAUAAGACGUACUUUUCUAGCAUAAGUUAAAAAACUACUCAAUUUAAAAUAAAAAAAAAAAAACUUAAAAACAUAGAAAAUGGGAAAUAAUAUUAACCUAUUUAACACUGAAUCUAGAUAAAACUAAAUAACAAAUAAAAAACAAAUUACUAAAAAUUA